CACAGGCACCGGAAGUAGCCGCCCAGCUUUGCUCCAGCGCUGUGAGUACAAACUCUCCGGCCUGGGCAACCCGCGGUCAGUAAACCACUAGGAGUCUGACCUCAUGGAGGCAGGACGCCCUCUCUCGAGGCGGGGAAAUUUGUGGUGGUUGGAGGUGGCAUCGCGGGUGUCACCGGUGCUAAGCAGAGGUACGGCCUACGUAAUUGACCAAUGAAAAGAUAUACAGCUGCGAUUUCAUGGUCGGUGCUACAGAAGUUACUCCAAAUAUAGAACCUUUUCUCUGUGGCAACAAUUUUGAUCUAGGCGAAGAUGGUGGCCUGAAAGUGGAUGAUCACAUGCACACGUCUCUCUCUGAUAUCUAUGCUGCAGGUGACAUCUGCACUGCGUCAUGGCAGCCCAGCCCAAUGUGGCAGCAGAUGAGACUGUGGACCCAGGCUAGACAGAUGGGGUGGUACGCAGCCAAGUGCAUGGCUGCAGCUACUUUAGGAUACUCUAUUGACAUGGACUUCAGCUUUGAACUUUUUGCUCAUGUAACAUUUUUCAACUAUAAGGUUGUACUACCAGGAAAAUACCAUACAUGGGGCUGAGGUUCAGAUCAUGAAUUAAUGCUGAGAUGUACCAAAGGA